AUGGAAUGGGAGAGAUGGAGGCAAGAACUCAUGAUCCUGGCUGGCCUAGAAAUACCAAGAUGCUACAAGCCUGAAAAUUUUGGUGAAGUCAAGACAGUCAAGUUGCAUCAUUUUUCCGAUGCUAGUUUGGUCGGAUAUGGGCAAUGCAGCUACCUUCGGAUGAUCGAUGAAAACAACAAUGUUGACACUGCCUUGGUCAUGGCCAAAUCCAGAGUCGUUCCGUCAAAGCCCAUUACAGUUCCAAGGCUCGAGCUUACUGCCGCAGUAACAUCUGUCAAAAUUAGCAAGUUCCUGAGGCGAGAGCUGCAAUAUGAAGACCUUACAGAAGUAUUUUGGACUGAUAGUAUGGUUGUCUUGGGAUACGUCGCAAAUGACGCCAAGCGCUUUCAUAUAUAUGUAGCAAAUCGAGUACAGAAGAUCAGGGACAAUACAGCUGUGGAGCAAUGGAGGCACAUCGCAACCGACAACAACCCAGCCGACCUCACAUCUCGAGGAGCAAACGCCAGAGAGUUGAUCGACAGCCAGCUGUGGUGGAAAGAGCCAGCCUUCCGUUCCACUUUGAAGCCACUCAGUCCUUGCAAGAUUGACAACCUUGGUGAAGGGAUCCAGAGAUCAAGAAGAUGA